UUAUCAUUCUUGCAUUUUAGAAUUGGACUUUACAACUAGUAAUUUUGUUACUUUUCAAAAUAAACAUUGUUGUUGCUGGUUUGUUUUUCUGCUACCUUAAGUAUUUUAAGUAACAAGCAAUUGUUACCUUUAGAAGUAAAACUAUUCAAAUGAAGGAGAUUACACGAGAAAAUAUUCAUGAUCAAUCGUUUUAGAUUUAUGUAGUUGUAAACGGUUUUGUUGUGAAACGAGACCAGCUGUUUACCCUCAUAUGAUCUGAUCGGAUAUCAUUUUACUAUCCUUUCUUCUAUAUGUUGCGCAUUAUCUAAACAGGGCAGAUACUCUAUUACGAUCAGGAUCUUGUAUGAAAAUGGAGGGAUUCGGGCAACUAUUGAAAGGGGUCGUCUCUACCGCUGAGGGUGUCUAUAACACGUUUUCUUCUGGAUACCAGAACCAUGUAGCUAAUGCUUCUCCGUACAAAAUUUGGGCAAAGGUAGAUACAUCGCCUACAGGUUCAGCACCACUAAACACUGGAGAGGGUUAUUCGCCGAUUGAACCGAAUAAAUUUAUUUGCUUUAAACCGGACCAAAAAAGUACAACUGUGUACAUAUCCAUUCAAAUAGAGAAGGAUGGGAAACGUGAACAACUUGCUGACAGGCUUCCCAAGAGAAGGGACGCCAACGUUAUGGUAACUCAAGAUGGCCGAGUCGCUGGAACAGUUUACGGAAACAUUUGGGCAGAGCAGAAAUAAAUGAGAGCUGUAAGAACGGUCGUUGUGAUGUGGGCAUCUUAACCCGAAAAAGAAACACACACAAAGAAAACAUUUAUUCAUUUGUUUAAUAUCAUUAUCU